AUGCCCUCUUCCAAGAGAGACAAAGGACCCGGCAAGCCCUACGCUCGCCCUACCAUGAAGGGCGGUGACAGCCAGACUGCCAGUGACAAGGACAAGGACAAGCUCCGCCUCGAGCAGCGCGACACGGACGCGGCGCUCGAUGCCCUCCCUCGUCUCUCGCCCGUCCUUGGUCUUGGCUUCGUGACCCGCGCCACCACAGCGCGUGUUCGUCGUGCCAUCACCGUGAACCCUGUCGACAGUAUCGCCACGGCCAACACAGCCAACGCUCGCCCGACAAGCAUUACUAAGGACAAGCCCACCAAGGCUGGAGAGGAGGUUCCUGUUGCGUUUGGUUCUUCGUCCCCCGUCGCCCCCCUCGUUACUGCUGCCCUCCCGAUUACUGCCCUCGCUUCCUCCACCGGCCCAUCAAGCGUCUCUUCAUCCGCCGCAGCUACUACCAGCUCGUCAGCGCACGCCGUGACUCGUGUCCGUCCCACGGCUCUCUCUCUCUCUCGUCCCCGUCCUACGACUGCUUCUACCCCUACCGCUUCUGCCACUUCUGCUGCAACUGUUACUGGGAACAACUCGCACCUCAACACGCGGGAAGUGAUCGACGACGCGCCACAGGACAACAAGGACAGCUCGACUCGGACAGGCAUCACUUCCCCUGAGCGAGUUGGAACACUCGGCACCACCCCCCUUGCUACCCCCCUUGCUAUCGCCCUUGCUAUCGCUGCCACACUCGCCACCCCUCCUCCUGUUAUAACUACCACACUCGCGGACACCUCCGCCAUCAUCGACACACCGACCACCAUCGCUGCGCCUGCCCCUGCCGGCGGUCCUGCUCCCAUCCUGCGCGAGCCGGUUUUUAAUAACGACACUGCCACCGCUGCCACCGCGUCCGCUUCCGCCUCCACCUCUGCCGCUGUUCCGGGCCGCCACCGCCCGCCCCCGAUUCGAGUCCCCCAUCUUCUCUUCAGAGACGUCACCGACUUGCCCAGCGCCGCUCCUGCCAUCGCGCUCCACCCCAACCCUGUCCCCACCCAGGCUGCCGGCGCCAGCCCGACGGUACCUAACAGCCCCGACAGCCCGCUGCUGGUCAACGUGAUUGUUUACCAGGUCGACCCGGAGGCUCCCGAGACUCCCAGCCCCCAGAGCGGUAAGAGUCCCAAGAACCCCAACCCCAAGACUCCUAAGCGCGAGUGA